AUGUCGCAUACAGAAUUUACGCCAGAGCAUCUCAAAGAGAUCUAUGACUUUGCUGUGCAAUUAGCCAAAGAUGCGGGACGCAUGUUGAUGGAUGGUGUGGACGCUCGAUGCGGCAAUGACAGCACUGCAGGUAUACAGCAAGAGCAGGUCGAGAAGGACAGUUCUGUGGAUAUUGUUACCCAGACUGAUGAAGACGUCGAAGCCUUUGUCAAAGAGCGAAUCACCAAAAAAUAUCCCUCUCACGAUUUCAUCGGCGAAGAAACCUACUCCAAAGGCGCCUCAAAAGACUACCUCAUCACCUCCGCACCAACGUGGUGCGUCGACCCCCUCGACGGCACCGUAAACUACACCCAUCUCUUCCCCAUGUUCUGCGUCUCCAUCGCCUUCAUCCUCGACUCCAAACCCACCAUCGGAGUCAUUUACGCUCCCUUCCUCAACCAAAUCUUUUCCGCUUGCUCGGGCCAGGGAGCUUGGUUGAAUGAAACCAGACGACUUCCUCUAGUCAGGAAUCCAGUGCCGCCGAUGCCUGAGCAGGCACCCAAGGGUUGUGUGUUUUCUUGCGAGUGGGGUAAGGAUAGGAAGGACGUUCCUGAUGGCAAUUUGUACAGGAAGAUUGAGAGUUUUGUGAAUAUGGCCGGGGAGAUUGGGGGAAGAGGUGGGAAGGGCGGCAUGGUGCAUGGAGUACGAAGUCUUGGAUCCGCAACACUCGACCUUGCAUACGUAGCCAUGGGUUCCUUCGACAUAUGGUGGGAAGGCGGAUGCUGGGAAUGGGACGUCGCAGCCGGAAUCUGCCUCCUCCAAGAAGCUGGCGGUCUAGUCACCACCGCCAAUCCACCUUCCGACCCUGCCACUGCAGAAAUCACUGAUGUCAAGUUGGGAAGUCGACUGUAUCUUGCCAUCAGACCUGCUGGGUCUUCUGCUACAGAGACUGGCAGGGAAAGUCAGGAGAGAGUGGUCAGAGAAGUGUGGAAGAGAGUGAGGCACUUGGAUUAUUCGAGACCUGGUGCUUAG